UACUCGACGUCAUUUGGUAAGCAAGCGGUACAGGCAGUAUUUGGGACUACCGCAGCCUCUCACCACCUCUUCUGCCUGCCCCCACCACCCUACGGUCUUUGCUGCUCCUUUCUUUCGCGUAUUACCCUAGAUUGGACCGUUCUCGUCGUUAUCUUCGUCCUCAGUUGGCUAUUCCAUCCAGCAUGGAUCAAGAUCAAGUAAAUAACCAUUCACACCCGGGUCUUCCUGAGCAGUCGCCUCAAGACCCACGGCCUCGCCAACCAUCAGAUCAUAGCGGGUCACAGAGACAGCUAGCUGUAGCCUCGCACUUGGCAUCCUCACACGGGCUCGGUGCUUCAGAGACGUCGGAAAACGGGACUGCGUCGGCAAGUCUUGCCAGCCUUGCUAUGCGCUCCCUUCAUGUUAACCCGGAUCCGCAGGCCUCGAUAGACAUCGAGUCUCCUGCACCAUGGCUUCCGCUCAGCAAUGUCGGCACGCCACCUGCCUAUCCUGCAGACGAACUGGCUUCGCGCACGCAGAGCGCAUCGCGGAACUCGAGGCGUGCGCGGGCAGACGACGACGAGGAUGAGGAUGAACAACGCCAGACAAAUCGUCAGCGCAUGCAUCCCCUUCACCUCGAUCGCGAUCGCCCUGCAGAUGACCACCAUUUCCACCCCGAUAUGCACAUUCAUGCCCAACAGCACCGGGAGCAGCAGCAGCAACAGGCGCAGGCGCAACAGCCGGGUGGACCGCAUCCUCAGCGCCUCCCACUGCCCUUCAACCGCAUAUCAUUCACCGUUGACAUCUUGCCCAUCCUUGGUGCACCGCCGGGCGCCGCCCCUGCUCCAGGUGGCAACCCGCAACAACCCGCUCCCGGACGGGCGGCUCCACCCGUCUUCUUCGAGCUCAGAUUCCCAUUCCCACCCCCUGCUCCGGCUGCUGAUGGUGCCCAAGGUGAUGCGCCACACGUGCAUCGCACUCCCAACGAAGACUUCAAUGCCUUCCUGCAGUCGCUGCGUAUGGGGAACAUGCCGUGGGGGCCGUUCGCCGGCUUCGGCGCAGAAGAGCCUGAGGACCCUGGGCGCGCCAAAAGGCUCCUGAAAGGCCUGGAGCAAGUCCCGGAGGGGCUCGUCAAGCGCAUGGAGCAUGUGGGCACGGUCGAAGGAGAGCAGAUCGUGUGCGCAGUCUGCUUCGAAAGCUUGCUCAACCCGGAAGGCGUGGAGUCGGCCGAAGAGAAGAUGGAGGUUGAAGCAGAAGGUACGCCAUCGCCACCCGAUUCCGACGAUGAUACGUCGGACCAGGAGAAGAAAGCUGCAGAAGAGCUUGAUGGUAAGGUCAUUGUCCUACCUUGCACACACGUCUUCCACGCGUCAUGUUUGCGGCCGUGGUUUACACGUCCUCAUCGCACAACAUGUCCGACGUGCCGUUUCGACAUCGACCCCGAGUCGCUGACAUACGUUCCGCCAUCACGACGGUCUCGACCGCGUCGACCCGCGGCGCAACCUGCUGGGCAGGCUCUUGCAACCGCCGCCGCCGGUGCUCAACCACAGGCUCAGCCGCAGCCUGCUGAUCAGGCUGCAGUACACAAUGCUGAUAGCACCCCGAACGUGGCACCACCACCACAACCGCAGGCCGGUGCAGGCGCCGCUCCACGUCCUGGCCUGGACGCGGGACGCGAUAUGCCGUAUUUCGUUUUCGACGUUAGCAUGUUCCCGAUCUCACAGCCGCCGCGAGCCCCGGGCCAGAAUGCCUCCCAGCAGCAGCAGCAGCAGCAGCAGCCACAGCCACAGCCACAGCAACCGCCAGCACUACAAGUCCCGGUAUUUGGGCAGCCGAUGCCACCACCUGUGGCGGUUCCAGGCCAUCGACAUGCUACUUCUGUUGCUCCGCCGGGGAUCGUGCGCAUGGAUCGUAACCAGCUUGAGCAGCUAAUCCUCAGUCGUCCGUUGUCGCAGCCAAACCAGGACGCCAACCAACCCGCGUCUCAGCCUGCUUCUUCCCCACCACCUCAGCCCCAACCCCAACCCCAACCCCAGUCCCAGUCCCAUCCAGCCCAUUCAGCGCAGGUGCAGACACAAACGGGGUCGCGGUCGUUCUGGCAGCCGUUCCCGCUUGGUGCGCCGCCUCUUGGUGUGCACAGCGGGGCGGGUCCGCAGGCCAACCCCGGCUCUGGAAGCGGUUUGGGCAGCUUGUUUGCCAAUAUGUUUGGUCUUGGACGAGGCCAGCAGCGCAAUAGUGCGAACGCGCAGCCACAGCCGCUGCAACCACCGCAAUCACCCCGGCAGUCGCAGCAGCCACAGCAGCCACAGGCUCAGCCGGCUCCGGAGCCUCAGCCUCAGCCUCAGCUCCAGUCCCAGCCCCAGCCAACCGCCGCGCCUGGCCCUCAAGCUCGGCGUCAUCAUCAUAAUCACCCACCGUUGCCGAGCUUCGAAGAGUUCAUGCAUCUCGUCGGUCUUGGACCUCAGCCCCAGCAAGGUCAGCAGGAUCAGCAAGGCCAGCAGAGUCCGCCUCGGCCUCAGCAGCCUGCCGCUGCCGCUGCUGGUGUUCACCCGCCACACCCGCACGUGCAUAUGCGCCCGCCCGAUGGACCGUUCAUGGACAGUGUCCGCGAUCUUGCUACUUCUGUCCUUGAGCAGCUUUUCCCUAUGGGAGUCUUCGUACCUCUUCCACCCCGACCCACAAACGGUGCUGUGCACCCACCUCCGCCUCCACCGGGCCCGAUACCCUUCACUGUUCCGAACCAGCCGCGUCCCCAGCAGCCGCUACCGGAGAAACGCCAGUGGACACCGCCGGCACCGCCGGGCCCGACGCUGCGCGAGCGCGUCGAGCGGAAGGAGCGGGAGCUCGGUCUGCGCUGCUCGGACAUCAGCUGCGGGCUCGGGCCGUCUGACGAGGACCCGCUGCCGGUUGUCGACCCGCGCACGAUCCGCCGGGUCGCGAUUCGGCCGCUGAAGGGCCAGGAGCACGAGCGCGACCGCGCGUGCGAGCACGCGUUCCAUCCCGCGUGCCUCGUCAGCGCGGAGCGCGUCGCGGGCUGGAGCGGAGCAGACCAGAAGCGCGAGGUCGAGGACGGCGAGGUGGAGGCGGAGGUGUCGUGCCCCGUGUGCCGCGCCGUCGGCGUCAUCACGCGCGAGGAUUGGAACGAGGGCGCGUGCGCGCUUGCGUGAACUAUGCCCUCCCUUUUUAUUCGGACAGCUGUCGCUCCUUCCCCCACUACUCCGAUAUAAUUUAAUCCGCAUUUUGUUCCCUGUCCACGUUCAUCUCGAGACUCGCAUCGUACCCGCAGUCACCUGGCUUCACGUCUCGCAGCUUAACGAUAUCACAUAUUUUGCCGGGAUAGGAUAUUGUAACAGUAGUGAUAGUUAAUGGUACGAUAUAGAUAUAAUUCCUCGACAGCAUGCCUUUUAUAUGCGCAGGAUAACAAUUCCACGAGAGUGCUCGAGAUUCCGGAGCUUCGCCGUCGUAGUCUUGUCCCCAU